CAGCGCCUUGCUCACAAGGACCAGACAGAGCAUGAAAUUCUCACAGAGAAGAACCUUCAGAUAGGUCUCCUGCAGGAGACAAAUGCCAAGCUAGAAGAGGAGAAGAAUGACAUGAGCACAAAGAUCAAUGACCUUGAGAAGCGAAUGCAAGCAUCUGAAGCAAUAUCCCAAGAGGUCCAAGACACCUUUGGAAGACAGUUCCUGGAGCUUCAAUCUGAACAAACGGCUCUGAAGGAGGAGCUGGCAAAACAAAAGGAUGGCGAGAAAGGACAGACGCUUGAUGAACAGGCUCUCCGGAGGAGGCUCUUCGAUGUGCCAAAGACAUGUUGCUCCAGAAACUGGAGGAGAAGGAGGCAGUGGAGCAACAGAUGAUGGAUGAGAAAAUGGAGUUGCAGACACAGUUAAACAAUCAACAGAGCCUUGAGGAACUACUGCAUGAAAAAGACAGAUUAGAGCAGGAACUCGCCAGGCAGAAGAGGUCCCUACAGGCUGAAGUUAAAGAACUGGAGCAAAAGUUACAGGACCAAGCCAGGAAGCUUCAGAAUGAGAAAUCCAAUCUUGAGUCAGAGCUUCAACAGAAAGACUUUGAACUGAGGAAGUGGGAAGCCAGCUUCAGAGAGCAACAACUAGAGUACAGGAACAGGGAAGCUUUUGUCAGGAGGAAAUAUGAUAAUCAGAUGGACUCUCUCAGGACAGACUCGGACAAGGAGAUGGUGGCCCGACUGGAGGGCAUGCGACUCAUCCUGGAGCGCCAGCACGCGGAGGCAGUGUCCCGGCUCCGAAGGGACCUGGAGCAGGAGUUCAGCUCCAGGGAGGGGCUCCAGGCGGAGAAGCACCUCUCGGAUAUCUCCCUCUUGAAGUCCCGCCAUCAAUCACAGCUGGAGGAGAUGAAGGGUGAGUUUGAAUCCCGUAUCCAAGGCAUGAAGGAGGAGCUUGAGGAGGAGAGGAAGAAGCAGUUGGGAACGGUCAAAUCCAUUCAUGAGAGAGUGAUGGAACAGGAUCAAGCAGAACAUGUACAGACUUUACAGGAAUUGAAGGACCAACAUGAAUGGGAGAUGGAGGCUCUGAAAGGUGAAUUAGAUCUGAAACAGAGAGAGAUAUUUGAGGAAAUGAAAGCAAAGAUUGAAGAAAAUCACCAGAAAGAGAUUGAAAAGAUCAGACAACACUGUGAGACCAAAUCUCAAACAGAAGUGGAAGCCAUCAAGUCCAGUUUGGAACAAGUGUACAUGAGCCAGAUGGAGACCUUGAGAGCCGAGAUGACCCACGAGAAGGCCCAGGCCAUGAAUGACCUUCGCCAAGCCCUCAUGUUGGCUAAUGAGGAAGCAUUGAGAAGGACAGAGGAAAGCUGGGUUGCCAAACUGGAGGAGGAGCGGAAAGACCUAGCCCAAAGAACUGAUGAAGCGGAACAGAACACCCAGGAGCUGAUAUCACAGCUACAGAGACGACUGAGUCUUGAACACAAGCAAGUCGUCCAGACUCUUGCCGAACAGUGGGACCAGGAGGCCGUGGAGCGCCUGGAGACAGUCCGAGCUGAGAUGGAGGCCAAAUACACCCAGGAGCUGGAAGAGGAGAAGAAGGAGUCGGAGCAGAGGAGAGAAGAGGACAUAGAGCGAACCAAGGGACAUGUGGAGGAGGAGUACAAGUCUGAGGUGGAGCUCCUCCUCAAGGAGCGGGAGAUGUUGGUGGAGCAUGCGGAAGAAAUGAGACAGAACCUUGACAGGGUACAUCACAAAGAGCUAGCAGACCUGAGAGCCAGCCUCAAGGCCGAGUACGAUCAGUAUGUCAGAGCAAAGGAAGAGCUAGAGAUUGCCCGCUCCCAGUCUGAAGCAUCCCUCAUCGAGGAUUUGUCCCUUCUCAGGAUCGCCCACCAAGAUCUUCAGCAGCAGUACCGUGCUGAGGUAGCAUCCUUGAAGGUCCAACUGGAGCAAGCAGGAGUCACCGAUCCAGAUCAGCUCUCCGAAGAGAACAAGGAGCUCCAGGCCGCCCUUACCAAACUUCGCGCCAAACUGCAAGAGGAACACAGCGAGGAGCUGAAUCAGCUGAGAGUGUACUUUGAGAAGCAGGUGGAGGAGACAGAUGAGAGAUGGAAGGCAGAGAUGGCCCAGCUGAAGAAACUCUAUGAGUCUCCUGAAGGCAAUGCUGGUAAGGAUAUAGAUGAGAAAGAUGCCAAGAGGAAGGACUAUUCCCAUGCCAUGAUGACCUUGACGCAUCUCUCAGACUCCGACAGCUCACCCCCAAGAUCACCACCCAAGUUCUUGGAAGUUGAGGCAGAACUGAAGCAAGAGCUGCGGGGGCAACUGGAACAUGAGUACCAGAAAGAUCUAAGGAAUCUCAGACUAGAGCUUGAGAGUGAACAUAAAGCAGAAAAGGCAAGGAUAAAGAUGGAGUAUGAUCUACAGAGGGAGGAGGACAUGCUGCAGCUUGAGGAUAGGUUGAAUGCCAAACACACCCAGGAUUCCAACGAUCUUGAGCUGGAUUACCUAAACCAGUUUGAGGAGCUACGGAACCAGCUUCAAGGAGACCACACCAAAGAAAUAGCCAGAUUGCAGUUGCAAGCUGCUAGUGAGUCAGCAAGGGCAGUGGAAGAGGAAGUUGCUAGGUUGACAACUGAACAUCUUGAAGCAAUGCAGGGCUUAAGGAGAGAACUUGAAGAAGAGAAUCAGGAGAUACGACAGCAGAUGUCCUCUGAGUUGGCUUCUGCUGUUGCUGAAGAAAUGGAAGGACUUCGUGAAACACUCCAAAAAGAACAUAUGGAGGAAUUGGAGAACCUGUGCCAGCAAUAUGAGAGUAGAUUGCAAACUGACUCUUCAAAAGAAGAAGCAAAUAGACAAGCUGAGGAGGUCCAAAGAUUGAAAGGUGAAUGGCAACAAGAAAGAGAACUUCUUGUAAAAGCGAGCAAAAAUGAAAUCGUUGAUGAAGUUGCGAAGAUAGUAUCUGAUGCAACGAUAGAGCGAGCCCUUUUGCAGGUUGAGGUAGAUACCCAAAACAACAUGAUAGGUAUCUGUCUUGAGCAAUUGGACAAACUUAAGAACUCCGAAGCUGAAUCCCUGCAGGGGGCCAUUGAAGAGAUGGAGCAGCUAAGACAGAAGCUCCAAGACAGCGAAGAGCGACUUCAUCAACUGCAGGAGAACAUCAAGAAUGGAGAGGCUCCAGAGAUUCAGGAGCUGAAGGAAACCUUGAUGCGGGACUACGACAAUCGGUUAGAGUUGAUAACAUCCACAAUGAAUGAAGAGAUGGAUCAGUUGGUGAGGACGACCCAGGAUCAAGCCAGAGCUGAUGUCGAGAAGAUGCAGGAAGACUUUGCUGUUCAGCAUCAGGCUUUGAUGGACAGGUUUGUGGAGGAUCAGGAGAAGGCACUUGGAGAGCUCAAGGUGGUUCAUGAAGAAGAAUUGUCCAGAACUAAGGAAGAGCUUCAAACCCAGCUUACUGAACAACACCGUAAAGAGCUUGAAGAUCUUCAGGAAUCAUUCACCAAAGCCAAAGAGGAGGAGAUGGAGGCCCUGAGGAGGAGCCACAGCCAAGAGCUGGAGGAGCUCCGCCUGGACCUGAUGAAGCUUACAGAUGAAGAGAGGGAGAAGCUGGAGGAAAAGAUGAUGGAAGAAAGAAGAGGUGUUGAAGAGAUAGAAAAUAAGAUGAAAGAGAUGAAAGAGAAGCACGAACGAGAGAAAGAGGAGAUCAAGGAAGAGAUGGUUGCCGCCCACAUGCAGAAGUUUAGAGAGGUUACGGCUGAAUUGGAGGAAAGUCAUAAACAGGAAAUGGAAGCCUCUAACACGACACUGCAAACAGAACUCGAGACGGACUUCCAGGAGCGGCUCCAAGCUGUCCAGAACCAGCUCCAGGAAUCCCAGCAACAGCUGCAGGACUCCGGCCUACAACUCCAGGAAUCGGUCCAGCAGCAUGAAGAGGAGAUGAACAGCCUGAAGCAGUCUCUGGAGAUGAAGAUCGCCAAGAUGGAAGAGGAGCAUGCUGACCAGCUGGCUGCCUUGGGCGCUUCCCAAGAUGCCGAUGUGGAGACGGCGAAGGGCGACCUGGAGGAGGUGCACCGGAAGGAGAUCAUCGACCUCCAGAACAAACUGGAAGCUCAAAAACAGAAAGACAUUGAAGAUCUCCAGAUGGCGUUUGAGGAAGCUAAGAAGAUACUGACGGACAACCAUCGAGAGAUGCUGAGUCAGAUAGAAGCGGAGAAGGAAGAGAAGGUGAAGGAGAUGGAAAGAGAGAAGGAAGAAGCUUUGGAUAAACUGAAAGAUGAAAUGAAUAGGAAUGCUGAACAAGAGAAAGGAGAGAGGGAUCAGCUGAUUAAGGAGCUGGAAGAUAAAUGGAAAGAGGAAAAGGAUACACUCAUGGAAGAGAAUGAACAGCUGAAGGAGAAGAAUUCAGAGCUACUUGAGACGAUAGCUAAACGAGAGUCUGUGAUUGGUCAAUCAGAACGUGAGAAUGAAGAAGGAAGCACUCUAUUGGCCAUGCUCCGAUCAGACUUAGAUCGCCUGGGAACUGAGAGGGACGGCUUACAUCAGACCAACAACCACCUGCUCCGCGUUCUGACCCAGGUUGUUCACACUACCAUGGCAACGGAGAAUGCCAUCAACCGUCGCUUAGGAGGGGGGUCGAGACCGACCCCCUCCCGCCAGCAGGAGAUGGACAGGAGGGGCGAUGGGCGACCCUCCUCCCCAAGGAUCGAUCUUCUUAGGGGUGCCGUUGGAGGACACCAUGAUAGGCCAGGCGACUCAAGCUCCGAUGGUGACAUCCUUCAUGAUACCAGUGUCGCUUCUCUGUUCAGUGACGAAGGUUUGGAACUCUCACAGCACAUCAAUGAGAGUAUAUUUGUGGGACCGGACCUUGAUUCAGAAGGCGAGGAAAUGGUCACAGGUGCCACCACCAGGCUCCACUCAGCAGUGGAACGGCUCCUGGACCAGUUCUCUGACUCCAGCACCCAGUCAGACCAACGGCGUCCUGUCCAGGCCGAGGGCUAUGCCAGCUCUGCCUCCAGCAGGGAGGAGGACUCCCUGUCCAGGAGCACUGGACUAGGAGGUGGAGACAGGGAUGAUCUACUGAGGAGGCUCCAGGCGGAGAUCAGGGAGAAAGAGAGGCUCGCGGUGGAGCUCCAUAAAUCAGAUGGUCUCCUUGACGGCAUCACCGCUGAGAAGUCAGAAGUUGAAGAAGCCUUGCAGCGAGCCCAGCAGCGCCACCACGACAUGGUCGUCCAGAUGGAGGCUCUAUCAGAGCGUCUUACAGAGAUGACCAAUGCUAACCAAGCUCUACAGGAUGCGCAGGAUCAGUUUGAACAACAGAGGGCGGUGCUCGCAGAACGUCUUGGUCUAGAGGAUCUUGGCUUGAUAGAGGAGAACACCCAGUUGCGCCACCAGGUCCAGGCCCUCACCCUCGAGCACCAGGACAUGGAACGACAGGCAGCCAAGACCAAGACCUACCUGGAGCAGCAGAUCCAGGCGCUGGAGACCACCACCGAGGAACAGAUCGCUGGAGCCAAGAAGCAGGAGGAGGCGGCUCGCCUUCGGGCGGAGGAUCUUCAGAGACAGGUGGAUGCUGCCAAGAAGCUUCAAAGCUCCCACAAGCAGUUCCUAGAGCAACAAUCUGCAGACAGGGAACAGGAGAGGGAAGAGUUCCAGAGGGAGAUUGCACGGCUGGAGGAAGAGUUGAAACAGAAAGAGAAACCUGGGCAGGAUUUGGAGCAGCUAAAGAAAGAAAACCAAGACCUGAAGGAUGAGAUCAGUCUAUCCCAGAGUGCUGCAACCGAUUCAGUCUCCCGUAUACAACAGCUAGAGAAAGAGGUCUCAUGGAAGCAGGAUACAGUGACAGAACUUGCUAGACAGAUCAAGGAGCUAGAACGGCAGGUUGACGACCAGAAGAAACUACCGGCCAAGGUCUCAGAACUUGAGGCUGAGCUACGGGGCGCCCUCCAUCUCCAAGAAGAGAUGAGACAUGAGAAAGAUGCUCUCCAGAAACAAUGCUACGACCAACUCCUCCAGAUCUCGGCGCUCCAGUCCAAACUGGAUGCCCACAAACACGGCCUGGACAGUCGCGUAGCACCCUCAUCUAGUUCUACAAAGUCUUUGGAUGAUACCAACGAAGGUCCAAUGUCCCUGGCUCAGCAGUGGGAACAGGACAAGGAAGCUUUGGACAGGAAAGACAAAGAAAUUGCUGACUUAGUGGAGCAACUAGAGCAAUUUAGAGAAGACCUCACCAACAAGGAUGAGGAAAUUGCCCAGCUUCAGCUCCAGCUUGAGGUUGCCUCCAGGGAGCAAGGAUCUGGGAGAGAAGACAUGGAGGAGGAGAUCAACCAGGUCAAAGCAGAGAAUGAGAGAUUGAAGGAUGAGCUCCAGGCUCCUCCUCUGGACCAGGAGGAGGCCUCCUUACCCAGGCUGGCCCAGGAGCUCUUGGAGGAGAAGAACCUGGAGAUAGACCAGCUGGAGCAGCAGAUCCAGCAGCUCCAGUCCAGACUGGUCCAGGAGACCAGGAGCCUGGGUCGAUACCAGGAGAAGGAGCUGGUGGUGGAGGAGGUGAUCCGGGUGGAGAGGCAGUCAGCGGAAGGUUCUCCGGUAGGGGAUGCCAAAGCAGAAGAACUGAAUCGGCUCCGCCUGGAGCUGGAGACCCAGGUGGCGGCCAAGGACCAAGAGAUCUCCAUGCUUAGGCAGCAAAUCAGUGAUCGAGACGAGAGCAACGCGCUGUCCAACCCUGCAGUUCAAGAGGUCAUCGAUAGGAUGAGACAACACACACAGGAUGAGGAGCAACAGAGGAAGCAACUUGAGCAAGAAGUAAGCUCGCUGAGAAAGAUCAUGGGUAUUCGUGAGAGGGAGGUAACAGACUUAGAGGCACAGCUCGUUAGAACCCAGGAGCAGGCCUUAUCCCAGGGGGAGGAUGCUUCACAACUGGACAAUGAGGCUCUCCACAAAACAAUACAGGAUAAAGAGCUUGAGAUCAUGAGCCUCAAGGUGGAGAUGGACAGGCUUGAGGAAGCGGCCUUCCAAACCCAGCAGCAAGAGCAGCAGACAAGGAUUCCGGAGGCCACACCCAUCCCAGCAAGCUCUGCCCUGGAGGAGGCGGUCAAGAAUCUAGAGGAGGAGCUCAGUCAAGAGAGGAGUCGAGCGUCCGAGAUGGAGGCCGACUACCAGAGACGGUUGGCCGGUCUCAAGGGUCUUUCUCCUGGAAAGACUCUGGCUCAGAAACUGAAUGAGAUCCGUGAGGAGCUCACCAGCCAGCACCAGGAGCAUGUGGCUGACAUCCAACGCACCAUGAACAAGGAGGCGGAGCUUCGUAUCGAGCAGAUCAAGAAGGAGCACGCCCACCAGAUACAGCUCCUUGAGGAGCGCACAAGAUCACAGGUGCAGGAGGCAGUGCUGAAGACCAAUCAAGAUCUACUGGUUGCUCACGGGGAGGAGAAGGCUAGGAUUGAGGAGGAGCAUAGGAAGCAGAUGGAUAGGCUUGCUGCAGCCACGCCCAUCAAUAUCAGCUCACUCGGAGAUGUUGGAGACCUUUUACACAAGGAGGUUGAAAACACAGCAAGAUUGGACUCCAACCUUCUUGGUCAUCUGAGGCGUCGUCAGGGCGGAGUAGGGAGAGAGCAGCCCCCAGGGGAGGGGUCCAUGACAAACGGGGAUACAUCUGACCUUGAUAUGACCAAUGGGGAGAUACCACCAAGGUUACAGAGUGUCUUAGCCAGACUUCACAGCGAGGGUCUCCAGGUCCUAUCCCUCUCCGACCUUCGCUACCUACGCCAAGCUACCUCACCUCGCCCCUCUGUCCGAAGGGGCACGGACAUUGCCUCAUUGCAGAAUGCCUGGCAGAAUGAGAAGCAAGCUCUCCUAGAUGCCAUCCAGGCAUUGAAAGAUUUAAUCACACAAACCACUGCUGGUCUCAGGAAUGAUGAACAUGACUGGAGGGGAGACCUACUUAGGGCCAUCCAAGGUGUCUUUGAUCAAGAGAGGGAGUCCUUGCUGGCUGAGCUCAGGACACAUGUUGUAGCCAGCGGAGACCAAGAUCUCUCUCAAGUUCAGCUCCUUGAAAGGAGGAUAAGAGAACAGGAGAGCCAUCACAAAGCAGCUAUGGAGCAGAUCUACGGGGCAGACCGCGCCUCACUUCUCUCUGAAGUUCACGACCUGCGGGUCAAUCACAACGCCUCUCGCAUCGAGCUCCAGGAGGUACGACAGAGAUCUACCCAGCAGCUGAGUGCCUUGGAGGAACAAAGCUCCAACAGGGAGAAACAGCUCAAAAGGCAAUUGGAGACCAUGGAGCACAAGUUCAGGCAGGAAAGGAUCCUUGCUGAUGAUCUCCGAACCUCACUCACCGUUGAGCGGCAGAAGAUUUCCCAGCUUGGCGCCUCGCUCGGCAAUGAGAAAAAGCUGGUCUCGGACCUGCGGGAUGAAAUCGCAGAGCUUCAGUCUCUCGUCGAUAGGCUGCAUGCUGCGAAAGAUGAUUUUGAGAGUCGCAUGACGGAUGUCGGGAGUGUGGCCGAAAAAGCUUUAGCUGCCUUGGAGGGUGAGAAGGCAAGAACGGUGACGCUGCUUGAGAGUCUAGAGUCGGAGAAGAGAAACGUGUCCAAACUCUACGACACCUUAUCUAAGGAGAGUGACCGGUCAGCUCAGACCAGGGACAGGGAUCAGAAAUUACUGAAGGAAAUGAGAAAAGAGUUAGAUGUAGAGCGUGUGAAAGCCAACGAGAUAAGCAAAUCCCUCGAAGCUGCCAGAGAACGUGCAGAGAGCCUGAGCAGGGAGCUGGAAGCGGAGAGAAACGAGAGCGCCAACACGGUCAGCUCGGAGCAGAUGAAGAUGUUUGACCUCAAGAGGGCGCUAGACGUGGAGAAGACAAGAUGCCAGGAAGCUCACACUGCGCUUCAGAGGGAAAGGACACUAAAUGCCCAACUCCACGAAACCCUAGAACAAGAAAGGCGGUCAUUUGCUGAUGACUCUCUCAGGGAUAAAUCCACUGUCUCGGACCUUCAGAAUCUACUAGAAGGGGAGCGGCGAAAAGCCAGUGAACUUCAUUCCACCAUUCAGCAGCUAGAGAGCCAGAUAGGUCGACUAGAGGGGGCGCUGCACUCGCAGAGGUCACAGGGUUCAGACGUGGUGGAAAGGGAGAAGGCUGUGAGUCGUAAACUGAAAGAGAGUCUUGAAAACCUUGAUGCUCAAUGCAGAGAUUUGAAUGCCAAGCUGGCCAUGUCUCAGGAGACGGCAUCGAAAGCCCAGGCGGACCGGGAUCGGCUCCAGGCAACGCUGACCAGCCAGAAGGAGCUCCAGCUGGACCAGGAGACCAGCAGGGAGACAGAGAGGGAGGCGGAGAAACAGAGGCAGAAGGAGAGGGAGAAAGAAAGGGAGACUGAGAAGCAGAGACAGAGAGAUCGAGAGCUGGAGAGACAGCUUGACAAGCAGAAGAUGGACGCCCUGGAAGAUAAGCUGAUAGAGACUCAACGAACUAUCAAGAGAAUGGAGAGAGAGAACAUGAGAAUCCAGGAAACGCAGGCCAAUGAUGAUCUACAUAGAGCUAUAGAGAAGGAGCUACAUAAUGACUCAGGGAGCCCUUAUCGUAGGAAAGAAGGUGGGGCCACCAAGACAGAACGGGCUAGUCUUGACCUGUACAAAGGUCAGCUGGAGUCCGUCAGACAGAGGUUACAACUCAUGGCGGUCAAGCAACAAGAAGAACUCUCCAAGAUCGAAAGAGCCACACUUUCAGCUGAUAGAGUACCAUCUUCCACAGUUCAGGAGCUAAGAUCAGUUGAUGGCGCUCUUGUUGAACUUAUCACCGAAUUACGUCAAAUACAUGCUGCCCUCGCUCUGCUCUCCGAGUCCCAGCCACCACUUGUGACAUCAACGGCAUCCAGGAUCAACGAGCGACUUCUGGAGCAGAAUGCAGAGAUGAGCAGCUACGUGUCACAGCUCAGCACAGAGAAAUCAGAACUCAGGGGGGCGCUGUCUAAGCUGGAAGAGGAGAUUUGGCAGUUCCGGCAGAGGGAGGCCCAGAGACUGCAGUCUCCAAGGGGAGGAGCAUCCACUGACAAGGAAACGGAAGCUCUCCUGGCCAAAGAGAGGGCCACAUGGGCCCAGGAGUGCUUGGCCACCCAGACCUCGCUACAGGAAGCCGAGAGACAGAUCAUCCAGCUCAAGCUUGACCUUGAGAGGGGUAACCUGAGGAGGGAACACGUCAAUGGGGAAACCUCGGAGCAGCAGCAACAGCAGAAGAUCCAGCGUCUCUACGGAAAGUACCUCAGGGCGGAGAGUUUUCGCAAGGCGCUGGUCUACCAGAAGAAGUACCUUCUCCUGUUACUGGGCGGCUUCCAGGACUGUGAACAGGCAACCCUCUCACUGAUCGCCAAGAUGGGGGCUUACCCUUCACCUGAAGAUCUCAGAGACCAGCCUUCAAAGCAUGGCAAGGGUUUCACCAGGUUCAGGAGUGCAGCUAGGGUCGUUAUAGCAGUGUCAAGGUUAAAAUUCCUGGUGAGAAAAUGGAGACGUGCAACCCGGUCAGGGUCCCGAGAGCUCAUGGGGUCGGCAAACGCCCCGUCCAGUGCUUCCCAACCCCACAGGACCGGUGCAGCACCUCUUUCAACUGCCUCGCCCACGACCAGCACCACCAACCCAUCACAGUCGCACUCUACUGGGGCUCAUCAGGGGCGCUAUACCUCCCCUCUCAGGGCUUCCCCAAGGAUAGGGGAAUAUUUGGGGGAUUCCCCACCAGUCAGGGACAGGGGGGCGUAUGGUAUGAUUAACGGCAUGGCCCAUGGGGGCGCUGCAGGGGGAUAUCAACCAGGGAGGACGAGAACCAGCACCUCGCCCCUCUCACACAGACUUGGUAGCGGAUCACAUCUUGGCGCCACUCCUGGUGGCACUCAAAGUACAGGUAGACUAGGAGUAGGAGCCACGUAUGCCUCGGAUCUCAAUGAGUCGGACGGGUCGUUCUAUAUCAGAAAGAUCGAGGCAUUGCAAGAGAGGUUAAGGAAAACAACAAUAGGGCGGGAGGAGAGUUCUUCCACAUCAAGAUACAGUUACGUCAAGAGGUAACAUUAAAUCUUCUGCUUGGCUUCUCCAGCUCGCCUAUCCACAGGAAAAACUCACAGAAACUUUGUGAAAUUAGAAACAGGACUUUGCCUCAUCUUGUUGAAGGAAGAAAAAAGUGAGAAGGAAGGAAAUGUGAGAUUCCAAUGAAAUUGAAUUCUUUUGGUGUUAUAGGACAUUAUACUCAUCCAAUCAUAACCAGAGAAAGUCACAUGAUCAUUGACCCAUCAGGCAAUCAUAGAUGGUAUCCGCAGUGAUGUCACAGUUCAUACCUUUAUAGGGUUUACAAAUCUUAGAUCACCUAUUUACGUUGUCGCUUCUUCUUCUUGAGCCAGUACAACAUGCCUUCCCAGUCUAGUUGGGGAUUCACAAAGAUUUGAGUGUUGUUUAUAGGCGCCCUUGAAUUCCUAGUUGCGUCAGGUGUAUUUCGCAUCACCACAUUGGUCGGAUAUUGCUCAAUGGAGACAUGGCACUGUUUAGUCGUCGGUAAUGUUACACUUCAGUCUCUUUGGUGUGUUGGCGCUAAAGCACCAUUCCAAAUCAAACUGACCUGUUUGUGAAACACUCCCCUGGAUAUUAAUGUCACUCCAAGGCCUGUUUGCAUAAAAUUACAAUUGAUUGUAAUAUGCCUUUGAUAGUAAUGCCACUCAAAAGGGAA